CACAGCCACAGGCCUCAACCUCAGGCUCAGCCCCCCUUUAAAACCUUAAUUCUAACUCACUUGUCAACCCUCUCUUCGCGUCUCUCUCUCUCUUUCUCUCUUUCUCUCUUUGUAUCUCUUGGUCAGAAUAACAGAGCCCAGAACCAAACAAACCCACAAAGUUUAAAGAGAGAAGAGGGAGAGAGUGGAAUCUUCUGUCUCAUCAAAUCAACUCAAAUCAAAUCACAUCACAUCAACCAGAUCGGCGAUGUCAAAGGCCAACGGCGGUGAUGCGAACACUGCAUCAGGAACAACGGCAGCUACAGCAACAGCUGCCGCCGGAGCACCAACAACCGGUUCGGCGCAACAACAGCAGACUCAGCCUUAUCAGUGGGUCCCACCGCAACAUCAUCAACAACAUCCUCAACAAUGGAUGGGGAUGGGUAUGAUGCAGUAUCCGGCGGCGGCGAUGGCAAUGAUGCAACAACAGAUGAUGAUGUACCCGCAACACUACAUGGCGGCUUAUGGUGGUGGGAAUCAGUAUUAUCAGCAGCAACAACAAUAUCACCAUCAAAAUGGGAAGCAUAGUAAUAAUAAUAAUAAUAAUAACCAUAAACUUAAUGGAUCUAUCAAUGCUAGUAAUACAAAUGAUGAGACUAAGACUAUUUGGGUCGGUGACUUGUUCCAUUGGAUGGACGAGACUUAUCUUCAUACCUGUUUCUCGCACACUGGCCAGGUUUCAAAUGUUAAAGUUAUACGCAACAAGCAUACUGGCCUGUCAGAGGGGUAUGGAUUUGUUGAAUUCUUUACACGUGCAGCAGCUGAUAAAGUUUUGCAGAGCUAUAAUGGUUCUGUGAUGCCAAACACCGAGCAGCCAUUCCGUCUUAAUUGGGCAACCUUUGCGGGUGACAGGCGAAUAGAUUCUGGUUCUGAUCUGUCCAUAUUUGUAGGAGAUUUGGCUCCAGAUGUUACUGAUGCCAUGUUGCAGGAGACAUUUUCUAGCAAAUAUCCGUCUGUAAAAGGAGCAAAAGUUAUCAUUGACUCAAACACGGGCCGUUCAAAAGGUUAUGGUUUUGUGAGGUUUGGUGAUGAAAAUGAGAGAUCAAGGGCCAUGACUGAAAUGAAUGGAGUGUAUUGUUCAAGUAGGCCCAUGCGCAUAGAUGUUGCAACCCCCAAAAAGGCUUCUGGGUAUCAACAACAGUAUUCCUCACAAGCUCUGGUAUUGGCUGGUGGACAUGCAUCAAAUGGUGCUAGGGUCCAGGGUCCUCAAUCUGAUGGCGAGUCAAAUAAUGCAACUAUAUUUGUGGGGGCUCUUGAUUCUGAUGUCAGUGAUGAGGAUCUGAGGGAGCCUUUUUCUCAGUUUGGCGAAAUUGUCUCUGUGAAAAUACCUGUUGGUAAAGGAUGUGGAUUUGUUCAAUUUGCAAACAGAAAGGAUGCUGAGGGUGCAUUGCAAAAGUUACAAGGGACAGUUAUAGGCAAGCAAACAGUUCGUCUUUCUUGGGGUCGCAAUCCUGGGAACAAGCAGUGGAGAUCAGAUUCUAAUAACCACUGGAAUAAUGGUGCACAUUAUGGAGGUCACUACUAUGGUGGCAACGGAUAUGCUUUGCCACCUAAUCAAGAUCCAAGCAUGUAUGCUGCUGCAACUGCAGUUCCUGGUGCUUCUUAAGAGGGGUAUGGGUAUUUUCAAAAUCAUGCACUCUGAACUCGCAUGAAUGUUCUAAAAUGUAGCCUAUAAACAUGAUUAAAGUAGGGUCGAUUUAGCUGCCGCGGAUGUAGCUAAAUCUAUAGUUGGCAGAAUUUUGUAGCUGGAAUAUAUUUAAUAUCGUGGAGCUGUGUUUAGGUUUGUAUUAUUAUUUUAUGAUUUUUGGGGGUCUGCGUGAGAGGGAUUCUUAAUGAGUGAGAAACUUUAUUCAAGUUUAUGUGUUCUGAACUAAACUCUCCAGGAAGAAUGCAUAGAACUACAAAGGUUUUGAAUA